UCUCUCUCCCCUUAAAAAAAAUGUAGCUUUUCAAGUCUGGAAACGACAAGAAUUCUGGAACCUCCUCAGCUAUAAAAAGAGUAGUAGUAGAAAAAAAAAAUCUUUUGUAAUUGUAGGUUUUUCCAAAAGCACUUGAGAGAACCCAAAACAAAAACAAAACCCAAAAAAAAAAAAAAAAAAAAUAGCUGACCACCCUUUUAGGCCUUUUUAUUUACAGUACUCUUAGACAAUUUUCUUGGAGAGAAAUUAAAAAUGAGAGAUAUUGUUAGAGAAUCAUACUCUUCAGAAAUGGAAGUAGUAGUAGGAGUGAACAACAUGAACAUGAACAUGAAUAUGAAACCUGCAUGGCUAGAAGGUCUAAUGGCUGAGACAUUCUUUGGUGGCUGUGGGGUCCAUGAAAAUCGAAGGAAGAACGAGAAGAACGUUUUUUGCUUGAACUGUUGCCUUAGUAUUUGCCCUCACUGCCUACCUUCUCAUGCUUCUCACCCUCUUCUCCAGGUGAGACGAUAUGUUUACCAUGAUGUAGUUCGAUUGGGAGAUCUUGAAAAGCUCAUUGACUGCUCUUUUAUUCAGCCCUAUACUAUAAAUAGUGCCAAGGUGAUAUUCUUGAAUCAGAGGCCACAGUCUAGGUCUUGCAAAGGCUCUGCCAACAUAUGCUUGACUUGUGACAGGAUUCUCCAAGAGCCAUUCCACUUCUGUUCACUCUCAUGCAAGGUUGAUCACAUGGUGUACCAAGGUGACGAUUUAUCUGGCAUUCUACACAAAUUUGAUGAAUCCGACUUUGCAAUUUCACAAUUUGAGGGAUUACGAAUGGACGGCUCAGAGAUCAUUGAUGAUGAUGGCCAAAUUACCACAACCUCCAUCGUCCUAGAGGAGCCAUUGCAAUAUAGAGGUUCAUCGUGCUCCAAUGAGGCCACGAGCAAUUCAGUAAUUUCAUGUGAACCUGAGGUGGUGAAGAAGAAGAAGAAGGGACGCGGAUUCCUCCCCGGGCUUGUUCUCAAUCUCAGUAGCAGGAGAAAGGGAGCUCCUCAGAGGGCUCCUCUUUCUUAGAAUAUGGAAAUUCAAGAAUUAGAGAUUUGAAUUUAAUUAUUCGUAAUAAUUAUUACAUAUAAUUAUAUAUUAUUAGGUUUAACUAAGGUUGGUCAUGGUUGAUAUUUGUCCUAUAUGUAAUGUCAUGGUAAUUGCUAAGUGUUUGUACUGAGUAUUGCUUUGGAUUUUUCUUUCUCUUAUCGGAAUCUGCAUGGGGCAUUUCCGUUACUGACCUCAGGUGGCUAAAGAGUGACUGAAUUUCAAGGACAGGCUCUCCACACCACCAAUUUUGUUUUAAUGUAAUGGAACAUGCUGGUAUAUAUGCUAUUUAACUUACAUUGAAA